GUGACGCCAUGGGUCGCAAUAACACAACAAUAACAGCGCCGUGGUGGAAGAUGUCAGUGAGGAACGACGCGAGACUAGGAAGAUGGCCGUAACCCUUGGCUGUUGAGAUUUUAUUUUGAUUUUUGAAAGAAAACUGAAGUAAAAGCCAUAAGAAAACACAUCGUAUAAGUGAAAUUUUAAUGAUGGAAUCAUCUACAAAUUUAGAUGUUGGAGCCCAGUUAAUUGUGGAAGACUGUUCUGGCAGCUAUAGCCUGUCUCACAUGCCAGAUAUUAAAGUGGAGCCUCACCUCGAUUCCAGUGUUGAGGAAGGACCAGCUCAGAGUGUUGCCAUGGGAAUGAAAUUCAUUUUGCCCAAUAGGUUUGAUAUGAAUGUGUGUUCUCGGUUUGUCAAGUCAUUGAAUGAAGAAGACAGCAAAAACAUUCAGGAUCAAGUGAACUCUGACCUUGAAGUGGCAUCUGUAUUAUUUAAAGCUGAGUGUAAUAUCCAUACUUCUCCUUCUCCUGGAAUUCAAGUAAGACAUGUCUACACCCCAUCAACUACGAAGCACUUUUCUCCCAUAAAGCAGUCAACCACAUUAACUAACAAGCACAGGGGAAAUGAAGUUUCUACAACCCCUUUGCUUGUAAACUCUCUUUCUGUUCACCAGCUGGCAGCUCAAGGGGAAAUGCUGUAUUUAGCUACACGCAUAGAGCAAGAAAAUGUAAUCAACCAUACGGACGAAGAAGGCUUUACCCCUCUGAUGUGGGCUGCAGCUCAUGGGCAGAUAGCAGUGGUAGAAUUUCUGCUUCAAAAUGGUGCAGACGCACAGAUCCUUGGAAAAGGGCGAGAGAGUGCACUAUCACUGGCCUGCAGUAAAGGCUACACAGACAUUGUCAAGAUGUUGCUCGACUGCGGAGUUGAUGUAAAUGAAUAUGACUGGAAUGGUGGUACGCCUUUGCUCUAUGCUGUGCAUGGGAACCAUGUAAAAUGUGUCAAAAUACUCUUAGAGCACGGUGCUGAUCCUACUAUAGAGACAGACUCCGGAUAUAAUUCCAUGGAUCUGGCUGUAGCCCUGGGCCAUCGUAGUGUUCAACAGGUUAUUGAGUCACACCUAUUAACACUCCUUCAAAACAUCAAAGAAUAAUGACAUUUUCGUUAUGAGACAAGACUUUGUAUGUGAAGAAAAACUGGGUUUUAGGACUGAGCAACAUGGAAAAGA